UGCCAUCGUCUGGGAAAGGCUUGCGAGUACGCCGAGCCUAUAGCAGUUGAAGCGGCCAGUCGCAUUAAUCAGGCUCUCCAUGUUAGCACAAUCUCUCCAUCUAGGAUACACCUGAACGGCAAUUCUACCAUGCCCCUCCCUAGGCCAACCCAAGAAUUUCCUUUGGCCUUUUUCUUGGACUCUGAUGAUUUAGCGCCCCAGGGAGUCAAUGCUUUCUCAUGGAGUCGCCAAUUAGAUAUUCAAGGGAUAGUGGCCGAGCAUCUUAAGGAUGAUAGAGCCGCUUUAUGCGAGGAAUAUCUCUCAACAGUGCACGAAUGGAUACCAAUGGUCAGCCGGAAACGUCUUUUCAACGAGCUGAAUAACGGUUCGGAUGACGCGGAUGGCUGUCUCCCUAUUUUACUACUUUGCAUGAAAGCAUUCACCACGAGAGAUUGCAAUAGCGCCAGAGACUCUCCUUCAUAUUUGCUAGCCAGAUCAUUGUGUUCAGAAGCAGAAUCGGCGGGGUUCUUAUCUUUGAGAUUGGUCCAGUCCCUCAUACUCUUAGCAGCCUAUGAGUUGUCUCAUGCUAUCUAUCCUUGUGCGUACUCAACUCUUGGUCGGGCGUCAAGAUUAGGCCUUCUGUUGGGUUUGCAUGAUAGGAAGAACAACAAACUUUUUAAAAGUGCCGAGACUUGGACACUUCGGGAAGAGCAGCGCCGGACGUGGUGGGCAAUAUUCCUGCUGGAUAGACUCAUGAAUAUUGAAACGAAUCUGCCAAUCACGGUACCCGAACCCGCCCGGGAUGAGUUGCUGCCAAUUAAUGACGAUGACUGGGAUGAAGGAAAGAUUGUCCCCAGUGAACCGUUAUUCACCACGUCAUUCAGCAGCUUAACGUCUGUUGGAUCCUUUGCCAAGAUGUGCCAAGCUGCACAUAUGCUUAGCAGAGUCAUGCACCACAAAGCAAGCAAAAAGGCUUUACAAGAAGUUGAGAAUCUCCUCCCAGAAGCUCAAGCGCUUCAUUCGGCACUGUCAGCAUUGCAUAGCUCCAUCGAAGGACACAUCUCUGGAGGAAUCCUGCGCAAAUCCGCCAUAAUUGCACUCUCUCUUUGCAGCUCUGCCCGCCUUAUCCUCUACAAUCUCUAUGGAUGCAAUGAGCCGGGCGCCUUCGUGGAGCAGAGUCGAAUGGCCAUGGAGACGGAGAUGCAGAAGGCCAGUCUGGACGGAAUCAUAACCAUCUCCUCGAACAUCGUACCGGCGAUUGCGCGUGCCAAUAUCGAGUGCCCUCUCAUAGCGCAAUGCUUGUACCACUCGGCCACGGAGUGUGCCUGGUUUGUCCGAGAAGACCACGAACCGCAAAUGUACAACGCCUUAGAAGAUAUUGUACGAGAUUUGAAGUUGAUUGGCGAGAAUUGGAACGUGGCAACGGAGUAUCUCGCGUUACUCCAUCAGGCCGGUAUUCUAAGUCUG